AUGACAACCACAACUACAACUAAACUAUAUUCAAAUAUCAAUUUGAUUACAUUAGAUUCAUAUGUCAUUUUACAACCAGAUGCAAGAGAGGAUCCAGUGGAUCCAAAGACAAUCUUCAUUGACAGAACCACUCUAAAGAUUGAAAUGAAGAAUAAGGAUAAUGCAACAAUAACAUCACCAGUUAAAUCUACACAAAAGAUAUUCGGUUGUGUUGGUAUCAUCAAUCUGUUGUCAGGUCCACAGUUGAUGUGUAUCUCCGAGAAGCUAACUGUUGGUGCCAUUCGAGGUAACCAUCAAAUCAUACAUAAAGUCAUCAAAACGAUUCUUCAUCCAAUUCUGAAAGUACCAAUUCCACUAUCCGAAGAUGAGAAAAAAGAAGAAAAGAAUUAUAUAUCUGCAUUGAAUAGUAUGUUGGAAACAUUUGAUUUCUACUUCUCCUACGAUUUCGAUGUUACACAUUCAGAGCAACGUGUCUCUGACAUUGAAAGAAAUCCAGAGAGAUUGGCACUACCACUGUGGAAGCGUGCUGAUCGAAGAUUCUUCUGGAACUAUCAUCUACAAAGUGAAUUCAUAAAGAAUGAAUUUCAUCCUUUUAUUUUACCUGUAAUGGAUGGAUUUAUUAGUAUAUUAAAUUGUGAAAUCAAUACGAAUCAAUUCAAAUAUAUAUUUAUAUCGAGAAGAAGUUGUAAGAGAACAGGUACCCGUUAUAAUAUGAGAGGUGCAGAUGCAUUGGGAAAUGUUGCAAAUUUCGUUGAAACCGAACAAAUCAUUGCUUUUGACGAGGUAUUGACCUCGUUUGUACAAACUAGAGGCUCAAUCCCAUUGCUAUGGCAACAAAAAGGAAAGGGAAUGAAACCAAGACCUGUUGUUGAUCAUUCAACUAAAGCUGAUGAUGCUUUUAAAUCACAUGUAAAUGAAUUGAAUCGAUUGUAUGGACCACAGGUUAUUGUAACAUUGAUUGACCAGACAGGUGGUGAGAUGUCAAUUGGUGACGCUUUUGAGAGUCAUUCUCAUUUGAUAUUCGACAGAAGCAAGUUGGAGUAUUAUGCUUUUGAUUUUCAUGAUCGUUGUAGAAACAAUCACUAUGAGAAUCUCUCAGAGUUGUUGGACAAGGUGAAACAUCAUCUCGACUCGUUUGGCUAUUUGUUCAAGUCCACUUCGGCGAUGCCUUCGUUGGUGCAGACCGGAUCGUUUAGAACAAAUUGUAUCGAUUGUCUCGACCGUACCAAUGUCGUACAGAGUAUGUUGGCGCGUUAUAUUCUUCAUAGCCAACUGACGCGUAUGGGUAUCAUCUCGAGUUCCGAGCGAAUCGAACAGCAUCCAAUGUUUGAGUCGCAGUUCAAGAAUGUGUGGGCGGACAAUGCCGAUGUCAUGUCGGAGCAAUACACAGGAACUGGUGCACUAAAGACUGAUUUCACUAGAACUGGAAAGCGUAGUGUCAAGGGAACGAUGGCGGACGGCUACAAUUCGGUGCGUCGCUACAUUCACAAGAAUCUAAAGGACGACGCCAAACAGCUGGCGAUAGAUCUCUACUUGGGACGUUUCAUUGUUGAGAAAUGGCUGCCAGAGUUGUCGUCAGACUAUGGUGAACGCGAUGUUUUGUAUCUUCAUGAUAUUAAUAACAACGAGGGUAACAGUGGUAUUCCUUCGAUUAUCAAAAUCAACAGGGAACUAAAGACUGUUAGUACUACCACUAAACUAAGUGGUAGAAAGAAAGACUAUCCAUUCGAUUCGAUCUUGUUGCUUGAGAAGGGCAAGUUGAAUCACUGCUUGUUAAAUAUUCACUACAUUGAGAAUCCAUGUCAUGAUUCAUUCCUCUUUGCAACUUCAUUGGAGCGUGAACAAUUCCUACAAGACUUGUACAAACAGAAACUUCCAAAUUGUUAUAUUCCAGCCAAUCCAGUUGCUUCAACAUCACUUCGUUCACCACUAUCAAUAUCCUAUGAUUCUCCACAAAUCAAUAGUAGUAAUGAACAGUUAACAGAGCCAUCAUCACCAGUUGAAACAUCAUCUGAUUCUAAAGAGUCAAUAACAACAACAACAAAUGCUACUACAACAGACGAAGAUGGAGCAGCUACACCAACUACUGAUAUCUCUGAAAAUACAACAACGACAACAGAAACAACAGAAACAACAACAAAAGAACCAGUGUUAUCACCACCUCAACCACCACCAAGACCACAAAAAGAUAGUAGAUUAAAGUUAUUGGAUAUGUUUGAUGUAUUCAUUGGAUCUUGGAAUAUGGAGAAUAUCACAAUCAACUCAACACUUCUUGCAGAGUGGAUACCAAAAGAACGUGAUUUAUAUGCAUUGUCUGCACAGCGAAUUGCAAGCGAUCGUAUUUCACCUGGUUUCGUGAUGAACUACAAACAAUAUUGGUUCUAUUUGAUUCGUCAGUAUUUAGGAUUGGAUUAUAUUGUGGUUUCCUCGGCCACUACUACAAACACUGCAUCGAUUGUGUUGAUUCGCAAAACAUUGGCACCCAGUAUCAACAAUACACAGGUUAGCUACCUGCAGAAGCGUCCUACCUCUAAGCGUACUUCCAACCAAGGUGGAGUACCACUCUCUGGUUCUGGAAGUGGAAGUGGAAGUGGAAGUGCAGGCGGAAGUGGACAAAACAGCUCAGGAUCGACCUCUCCAAACUUUGAAACAUCGAUCAUCCAGAACAGCGUAGAACCAACACCGGCUCCCAAGAAAACUGGUGGUAUCUCCUCGGUUACCAACUUUUUCAAGCUUGGAUCAAAGAUAAUGGAAUCGACAAGUAGCAAGCCAGCAGAGCUUUUCAAGGAGUACAAAAACAAAGAUGUACAAUAUGGAACUGUUAUUUCAUUCCACAUUCGUGAGACAUCGGUUUGUUUCGCCAAUUAUUGUAACAACAAUGCAACUGGAACGAUGGAGACAACUACACCGGAUGACAUCAAUAACAGUGUAAUCUACAUCAAGAAUAAACAAUACUUGAAUGGAUCGAAUCGUUAUUGUUUCUGGUGUGGUGAUCACGAUUCUGUCACACUGACAUCGAAGCUCGAUUGGAAACCAAUAGUUGACCAAGUCAAGGAUGAAGAUGGUAAACCAAAAGGAACGGGUGUAAUCUAUUACAAGGCAUUGAUGGAUGCCGAUCCACUUGCUAUUAUCCAACAGGAUGAUAGCCCCGCCAAGGAAUCAUCCAGUCUAUUCCCACCCAUUUCCAGUGAUGUUAUCAUGCCUGUUAUUGCACCGUAUUCAUGGUUGUCCACUGCCGAUCUUCCAUGUUUUAUAUUCAUCAAAUCAUUGGUAGCAGACCAAUUCGAACUACUACCAAAUGGAACGAAAAUCGAUGCCUUCUUGGAGUUCAAUGCCUACCAUUUGAUAUCCGAUGAGAAUAACAAUAGUGUUCGUACACCAGUGGUUCGUUCUUCUCUACCGGUAUGGAGUGACACUGUUGAAAUUAAAUCGUUCAUCGAUGACAAAGAGUAUUUGAAAACACAAUAUAUCCAAGUUGCACUGGUUGCCAAAGAGAUGCUCGAUUACACUCUCAUUGGUAAGGGUGUGAUUCCUCUGAGAGAGGCAUGUGGCGACGGUCCGACUCAUUUCAAGAUCAAUCUCUGUUACGAAGACGAGUUGGCAUGCCAACUCCAAGGAGAAAUCCAAAUCUACUCGAAACUUGAAGUUGCUAAAAUCGUUGAACAAGCAGCUUCACAACAACAAAAUAUCUCAUCACCACCACCAGUUCCAGUUAGAAAUCAUCCAAAUCAUCUUCAAAAUCAACAUAACCAACAUCAUAAUCAUCAUCAAAAUCAACAUCAUAAUCAACAUCAUAAUCAACAUCAUAAUCAACAUCAUCACCAACAACCACACCGACCAGCACCAUCACCUCCAGUUCCUCAAUCACCUUCGAACAAGUCACCUAUACUGUCAUAUAUUCCAUACUUUUCCGGUCCGAAACCACAGGAACAACAAACAUCACCAUCAUCGAAUCCAGCUUCACCAGAGAUGACAUCGCCAAGCAUGAUGAUGCAGUCACCAACCACCUUGAUGCUAAAUGCCAAUCACGAACUCUCGUCGCCAACCGAACAACAAUCAACACCACCAGCCACACCAAACCGAUUCUUUGGUGGAUUGAGUAAAGUCGUAGAUAAUCUCAAAGAUAUCCGUGUAUCUGGUGAAUUCUUAUUGAAGCCAUUCCAAUUCAAAGAUACAACAUCUACCUCUGAUGAUGUAAGUGGUACAAGUGUCAGCAGCAGUGUCUCACUAAACUCGUCGACAUCCUCUACAUUCAACAUCCAAAGUGGUACAAACCUAUCUGAUAUUGCAGAUGAAUCAUCGAUUUCCACAAACUCAACAUUCAACUUACAUAAUGGAUCGAAUCUCAACGACAUCACCGACGACACAUCAACAUCCACUCAUAAUCCAAUGGCAGAGUCACAAGAAGUUGACUUGAUCGAUAAUAAUGAAUCUGAUAUUCAAUUUAAAGAUGAAUAA